AAGCCUUGCAUUCGAUAAGUUUGUCGUCAAUUUCCGUCAGCCGACCAGAGGGCGGAGCUGAGGUCGGCCCAGCCCGGAGGCGGGAAGGACAACUUGGACCCGCAGUUCCGCCGGAAGUGGCCUGCAGCCUCGAGGCCGAGCGUCUUCGGUCAUCUCCGGCGCUUCUAGGGGCGGUUCCCGUCAUCUUCGGGAGCCGUGGAGGUACGAACUUAAGACAUGCCCAUUUUAUUAAUUUAUUUCCAAACGCAGCGAAAGGUCCAGGGACAAUUUGUGGGCCGUUUAAUUCAGGGCCCCCAAUUCGUACGUGGAGAAGUGGGAAUGCUAACGUACUUUGACCUUUAACCUUCGGUCCGGUGCGGUGGAGGGAAACGCCUCCGUCUCUAUAUAAGGAAUUUUCCGGCUUCUGUGGGCCCUUUUUCUUCUCUUCAGCGCGGGGCGCCCACAACUUGUGCGCUCUCUUUCUGCUGCUCCCCAGCUCUCGGAUACAGCCGACACCAUGGGUUUCGGAGACCUGAAAAGCCCCGCCGGCCUCCAGGUGCUCAACGAUUACCUGGCGGACAAGAGCUACAUCGAGGGGUAUGUGCCAUCACAAGCAGAUGUGGCAGUAUUUGAAGCCGUGUCCGGCCCACCGCCUGCUGACUUGUGUCAUGCCCUACGUUGGUAUAAUCACAUCAAGUCUUACGAAAAGGAAAAGGCCAGCCUGCCAGGAGUGAAGAAAGCUUUGGGCAAGUAUGGUCCUGCUGAUGUGGAAGACACUACAGGAAGUGGAGCUACAGAUAGUAAAGAUGAUGAUGAUAUUGAUCUCUUUGGAUCUGAUGAUGAGGAGGAAAGUGAAGAAGCAAAGAGGCUGAGAGAAGAACGUCUUGCACAAUACGAAUCAAAGAAAGCUAAAAAACCUGCACUUGUUGCCAAGUCUUCCAUCUUACUAGACGUGAAACCUUGGGAUGAUGAGACAGAUAUGGCAAAAUUAGAGGAGUGUGUCAGAAGCAUUCAAGCAGACGGCUUAGUCUGGGGCUCAUCUAAACUAGUUCCAGUGGGAUACGGAAUUAAGAAACUUCAAAUACAGUGUGUAGUUGAAGAUGAUAAAGUUGGAACAGAUAUGCUGGAGGAGCAGAUCACUGCUUUUGAGGACUAUGUACAGUCCAUGGAUGUGGCUGCUUUCAACAAGAUCUAAAAUCCAUCCUGGAUCAUGGCAUUUAAAUAAAAGCUUGAAAGAUUA